AUGUCCUCUAGUCCUGGAAAACGAAGCCGACGAAGUCUGAGAGGCGAUAAGGUGUCGAGCGACGACAUGUACGACCAGGGAAGUUGGGAGUGCACAGUGUGCACAUAUCGCAAUAGCGCUGAGUCGUUCCACUGCAUCAUGUGCGACACUCGAAAGGGUACGUCCACCCGAAAACCGAAGCUCAACUCGGCCGUCGUCCAGCAGCAGCAGACUGUACACAAGUUCGUCCAGCAGCAAGCAGCGAUGCUGGCCAGUGAACUGCGCGAAAAAGAGAAGCAGAGAGAGAAGGCCAGCUGCAGUAAACCGACUUCGGUCGUCGUCAAGGAUACGAAGGACUACACGGCCAACAACAGUCCGCUGAAAGCGGACAGUCCGGCGGUGACCGGUUCGAACGUUUCGUCCCCUGCGCCAUCUACGUCCAUGACUCCAACGCCGCAGCCAUACUCGCCGCUGGUCAGCGACUCGAAUUCGGCCACCAGCAAUCGUAGCACGCCUCGUCAAACGACAAAGAAGAUCAUUUUAGAUCGAAACCGAUCGAUGAAUUUGGAUCUUAAUAGCGCUCGGACCUUGGCUGUAACUGUAAAUAAUGUCACUGUGAUAAUUACGGAUUACAAAUUGAAUCCGAUCGAGCCGAAGGAGAAAAAGAGCAAACGAAAGCGAAUGAAAACUGGUAAAAAGCGGACUGACGACUCUGAAAACGAUGACGUUGUUCGUCCGUCUACCGAAAUGAACAAGUACUCUGACUGA